AUGAUGCGUUUGGCGCGAUUUACUCAGAGUUUUUCGUUUAACAAGAAUGCCGCCAAGCAUCGCGGCAGCGGCAGCAGCAACGGAAACGGAAACGGCAACGCGACCGGAAACGGAAACGGCCAGGGGUUAGGUGGCAGCUACAGUGCCAACGGCCUGGCAGCCAGUGGUGGCGUUGGAGGGGGCGGUGGGAGUGGCAGCGGCAGCGAAGGCGGUGGGUGUGGCAGCGGUAGUGGGAGCGGAAGCGGCAGAGGCAGCGGCAGCGGCAGCGGAAGCGGAAGUGGGAGUGGCAAGCGGAAAUCAAAGACAAGAACAAAGUGCUUCGGUGGCACAGUGUUUCGGUGUUGCCUCCCUUGUCGCGGGGGCGGCUCCGCAGCCCCCGCCACAAGUCCGCCCCAAACACCCGCCCAGUCGCCGGACGAGUUCAAGGCCAUUGGCGGUCCGAAGGAUAAUAGCAACAGUGGUCUGGAGAAGCCCAAGGACCAAAAGCGGGACACUCAGGAGCGGAACCAAGGCAACAGCAGCGCGGACGAUCUGCUGAAUCGCACCGGAUACGAAUCGCGUUCCGGAUCCGAGCUGGAUCUGUACGGCAGCAAGAAGAAGCACUCGCUGGCGGACACCAUCGACACAUCGGCGACCACCCCGAUCUCCCUGAAGACCCUCAUCAACGACGUGGACGAGGAGCUGGACCAGCAGCUGAGUGCGGCGGACAUAGCAGCCGCCAGUUUGGCCAGCGGUCUGGUCGCCCGCCGAGCGGAACCGGAAACGCUGAGCGACGCCAGUGUCUCACCCACCGCGGUGGUGCAGCAGCAGCAGCAGCAGCAGCAGCAGCAGCCACCAUUUUCGCAAUCACAGCCACAUUUGGUGCCCAGCAGCGGGAACAUCCUCAGCCAGGUCACCCUGUACAGCGGCACAAAUCCCGGCCAGAAUCCAGGCCAGAAUCAGGCCCAAAGCCCGAAUCCCAAUCAGAGUUCCACUUCAAGCUCAAGCUCAAAUCCCAGCCAGAAUCAACAGCGCUGCAGUUGCCAGCCGCAGACUUCCCCAUUGCCGCAUAUCAAGGAGGAGGAGGAGUCCGAGCAGGCCAACUCCAAGCACCAGUCGAUCCUCAAGGAUCAGCAGCAACUGCCACCGCCGAUCACCGUAGGCAGUGGCUACUGUGGCAGCUGCGAGAGCGUGCACCACUCCUCGGCCACCUCGUCGUCGGCGGGCACAGUGCCCACUGGCAGUCAGCAGCCGCAGGAGUAUAUUGCAGGUACCUCCUCGACGCCCUCGCCGCGCAUCAAACUAAAGUUCCGCAAGCCGCACAAGUCCUGCUGGUCGCGAAUCGUCCUUGCGCCCAUCGGAUCGACGGGCGGCUCCUCGUCGGCCACCACCGUCAUCGGCAGCAACUCGAACGAGACCUUGGCCUCCAGCAGCACCACCGGCGGCACCGCCACCCAGAACAGCACCCAGAACAGCAGCAGCGUCAGCGUCGCCGCCCACCACCGGCUGACCUCGUCGUCGGCCUCCGCCCUCGCCUCCUCGCACCCCAGCAACUCGCAGCUGCUGCCCACCAGCAAGAUGCAGGCCGAGCAGGGGUCCAUCGGCGACCUGCAGAAGUACCACAGUCGGUACCUCAAGAACCGUCGCCACACGCUGGCCAACGUUCGUUUCGAUGUAGAAAAUGGCCAGGGCGCUCGAUCACCGCUCGAGGGCGGCUCUCCCAGCGCCGGUUUGGUUCUACAGAAUUUGCCGCAGCGUCGCGAAUCGUUUCUAUAUCGCUCCGAUUCCGACUUUGAGAUGUCGCCCAAGUCCAUGUCCCGAAACUCAAGCAUCGCUAGCGAAAGGUUUAAAGAACAGGAAGCCUCUAUACUCGUUGACCGAUCCCAUGGCGAGGAUCUCAUUGUGACGCCUUUCGCCCAAAUUUUAGCCAGCUUACGUUCAGUGCGCAACAAUUUAUUAAGUCUGACAAAUGUUCCAGCAUCAAACAAAUCCAGGCGGCCCAACCAAUCCUCGUCGGCCUCCCGAUCGGGAAAUCCCUCGGGAGCCCCACUGUCCCAGGGCGAGGAGGCCUACACCCGCCUGGCCACCGACACCAUCGAGGAGCUGGACUGGUGCCUCGACCAGCUGGAGACCAUCCAGACCCAUCGCAGCGUCUCCGACAUGGCCUCGCUCAAGUUCAAACGCAUGCUCAACAAGGAGCUGUCACACUUCAGCGAGUCCAGCAGAUCAGGAAAUCAGAUUUCCGAGUACAUUUGUUCCACAUUUUUGGACAAGCAGCAGGAGUUCGACUUGCCGUCGCUGCGCGUGGAGGAUAAUCCGGAGCUGGUGGCCGCCAAUGCCGCCGCCGGCCAGCAGUCCGCCGGCCAGUACGCCCGCUCCCGCUCCCCCCGCGGCCCGCCCAUGUCGCAGAUCAGCGGCGUGAAGCGGCCCCUUUCGCACACCAACAGCUUCACCGGCGAACGGCUGCCCACCUUCGGUGUGGAGACGCCCAGGGAGAACGAGCUGGGCACCCUGCUCGGCGAGCUGGACACCUGGGGCAUCCAGAUAUUCAGCAUCGGCGAGUUCAGCGUCAACCGGCCACUCACCUGUGUGGCAUACACCAUAUUUCAGAGUAGAGAAUUACUGACCAGUCUUAUGAUACCACCGAAAACUUUUCUUAACUUUAUGACUACUCUGGAGGACCACUACGUCAAAGACAAUCCGUUUCACAAUUCGCUGCAUGCCGCCGACGUGACCCAGAGCACCAAUGUGCUACUCAAUACACCGGCGCUGGAGGGCGUCUUCACACCGCUCGAGGUGGGCGGGGCACUGUUCGCCGCUUGCAUCCACGAUGUUGAUCAUCCCGGCUUAACCAAUCAGUUCUUGGUUAACUCAAGUUCCGAACUAGCAUUAAUGUACAAUGACGAAUCUGUUUUGGAAAAUCAUCAUUUAGCUGUUGCCUUUAAAUUAUUGCAAAAUCAAGGAUGUGAUAUAUUCUGUAAUAUGCAAAAGAAACAACGCCAAACAUUGAGGAAAAUGGUUAUUGAUAUUGUGCUGUCCACGGACAUGUCCAAGCACAUGAGUCUGCUGGCCGACCUGAAGACAAUGGUGGAAACCAAGAAGGUGGCCGGCUCCGGAGUCCUGCUGCUGGACAACUACACCGAUCGCAUACAGGUGCUCGAGAAUCUGGUGCACUGCGCCGAUCUAAGCAAUCCCACCAAGCCGCUGCCGCUUUACAAGCGCUGGGUGGCCCUGCUCAUGGAGGAGUUCUUCCUGCAGGGCGACAAGGAGCGCGAAUCGGGCAUGGACAUCAGUCCCAUGUGCGAUCGCCAUAACGCCACCAUCGAGAAGUCGCAGGUGGGCUUCAUCGACUACAUCGUCCACCCAUUGUGGGAGACCUGGGCGGACCUGGUGCACCCGGAUGCCCAGGACAUACUCGACACGCUUGAAGAGAACAGAGACUACUACCAGAGCAUGAUACCGCCCUCGCCGCCGCCGUCGGGGGUCGAUGAGAAUCCGCAGGAGGACAGGAUACGCUUUCAAGUAACCCUGGAGGAGUCCGACCAGGAGAACCUCGCCGAACUGGAGGAGGGCGACGAGAGUGGCGGCGAAAGCACCACCACCGGAACCACAGCCGCCUCCGCGUUGGGCGGGGCUGGGGGCGGAGGCGGUGGCGGGGGCGUGGCACCUAGGACGGGUGGCUGCCAAAACCAACCGCAACACGGUGGAAUGUGACGGAGAGUCGUGGGAAUUUAUCGCAAAUUACAGGAAAAGGCUCACAACUUUUUCCUAUUACGUUAGUGACUACUAUUAACACACAAAAACCAAACAAAAACCAAAAACGAAAAACUACAAAAAAAAAAAACAAAGAAAAACUCUUGGAAAAAACUUUAAAAAAAAUACACAAAAAAAAAACCAAAAAGCCAACUAAAGAAAUAUUAAACAAAUGUUUAAAGCAUACAAAAAAUCCAAACAGCAAUAGCAAAAGUACCGUUUAACUUAUAAAGCCUAGAGAAAAACGAAAAAGGAAAUUAGAACUUACUUAAUGGAACACCGAGAUUGAUGUUGAAAAUACACUGAAAAAAGAGCAUGAGGAGAAGAGCUAACUAAGAGAAAUCUUACAUAUUGUUAAAAACACAAACACACACACUAAAUCCAAGACAAAGCAAAAGUAAUGAGAAACCCAAUUGAUAAGUAAUACUAAGAAGAUACCCAAACUCCCGCCCUAAGCGCCCAAAAAAGUAAUAUCCCCCAUUAUAUAGACGAUUUUUGUUGCAUGUGUAGGCAAAUGAUUUUUGUUAAGUUCAUCUGAAGAAGGACAUCAUCAAUCGGAGGAAAAGCCCCCAACCAAUUACCCUCUUUUAAACCAUUGACUAAAGUGAAAUAUUAAAAAAAAAACCAACCAAACGGAAAGAAAUUAUUAAUACGACUUAGCUUAAGAGAAGUUUUUAAGUUUUGAAUGUUUUGCAUGCCCCGAACAGAUUCAUUUUACUCGAUUGAUUACGUUAGAUCUAACUUAUAACCGAUAAACGAUAACAGCAACACAUAUGGAGUUUUUUAUGAUUUAGACCCCAGCGAUAGAAGCGAAAACAAAACAAAACAAACAACCAUGUUAAGUGUAAGAUCCCAGUGAAUUAAACCAAAAUUGAAAGCCACCCGAGUUAAAACCAUUUAAUGCAAAAUAUAAAUCUAAAUCUAAAUCCCCAAUCCCAAACAAAAAAAAAAAGAACAGUCUACAGCCAGACUGUAGUUGUAUAGUAAUAUAUAUGAUAUAAAUAUUUUUUUUUAAUAUUAUUUGUAAAUAAUUUAAAUGUUGGACUCGAAUUUAAAUCAAGCGGCUAGCAAAUGAUGCAGCUAAACUAAAACUAAAAUGAAAACAAAGCCAAAAAACACACAUAAAUAAGAAAGUAAGUGGAGAGAUGGGAGGAAAGGAAAAACUAUUGUACAAUUAGCUAAAGAAUUUCCAUUUCAAUUUUCAAUUUGAAUUGCGAUUUGAUUUGCUUCCAGAAAAAAAGAAAAAGAGAAGGAGAAAGAGAAAGGGAGAAGAAAAUAGAGAGAGAUGAACCGAAAAUAAUGUCAAACGCUGUCUUCGCAAAUAUUUUUCGCUAUAUAUUACUUAUAUCAUUAUUUACUAGUUACUAAGCAACUUACUGAGCCACACAAUUUCAAAAUGAAAGAGACAAGACACUCGGACGAGAAAGAGAGCGAGCAUUGAUGAAUUUAGUGAACAAACUUAACUGGCAGAAAGCGAAAGCACACAAUUUACAAACCACAAACCACCAGAAAAGACUCUUCAAGCACAAGCAAUUUUUAGUUUUCCAAAUGCGAAACCAAAGCAAAGCAACACACAAAAAACACACAAGAUAUAAACCGAAAAAGUCAUUGGCUAUAAUACGAUUAUUUAUACCUAACCUAUACAGAUACAUAUAUAGAUAUACACUAUAUGCAUAUGUAAAGUCACGAUACUGGCGCUGGUGCGCGGAUCGAUCAAUGUGGCAGGCCAAAUUAUAAACGCGCAUAAUUUAACUAUUGUUUAAUAUUAUGUUUUAUUGUUAUUAAUUUAUUACCCAAAAACAUUAUUUUUUCAGACCUAGUGCUAUACAUUUCUUUUUGUGUUUAAGCGGGCAGGAUCCGCGCAUAAAAUAGUGUUUUUUUUAAACAAAUAUAUAUAUAUAUAUAUGAUAUGAUAUGAUAUGUGAAUGAAAUGUAUUGAAAUGAAAUGGAACCUUGAUGGUCUAAAAAUAUCAUUAAAAAAAAAAACAAAUACGAGAUGCAAAGUUGAAGAACAAGAUACUUUAUAGCAAUUUAAGCAGCAUUGUAAAUGUGCGCUUCAGAAUUACUUUUUUCGAAACUUAAUCAACCUUCAGCAAAUACAGCCAGAUAUAUUACCUACAUACAUAUAUUAUUAAUUAAACCAUAGUUGCGACAAAAACAAAAAUGACGGCAAGUCCAUGGCAAACUUAAACAAAAACAAAAAAAAAACCGAAAGCUACUUUAACAAAUUGAGUGAAAUAAAUAAAAGAAAGAAACAAAAAAAAGCAAACAAAACCAAAUGACUUUUUUCUCCUCUCAGAAAAAAAACGCAACUGAAGAAAAUGAACUACUAUAUAUAUUGUAUUUGUAACACGAAUUUCCCUGCGAGUGAAGUCUUUUCGUAGAACCAUAGAGCCCGAAUGUAAAACCCUAGAGAGAUUCCCCAACAGAGAGAUACUGGUACGACACAUAUGUAAUUUACCAGAGUAUUAACCGAACAUUUAAAUUUAUAUGCAUAUGCAUAGCAACAUAUAUAGAUAUAUACUAGGCAUAUAUGAUGCAGUAACGGACAUUUGAUGUAUACUCGAGUUGAAACUUAAACCUAACCAGAUGUUGUACGUGUAUGUGUAAUUCGAUAAACUUAAAGUCCGAACCGAAAUCAUCAUCCAGAGAAAAUCAUCCCCAUGAGAACAAGCAAUUUAUAGUUAAAACAAAAAAAAAAAACAAAGAAAAUCGAAAAGUAUCUAAAUGUAAUUGUUAGACACAUGCCAAGCAAAACCGAAAGAUACCAGCAAGUUAUAUAGGCAUCUAUAUUAGCCCCACCCCCUUUCCAUUUCCCCUCCCUUAAUUUUCGACUGAAAUUGAAUCGUCUAGUAGAGGCACUCGAUGCGUAUUCCCUGUACUUUUUGUCUGAUUUUUCCUAUUGACGUGCCGCCAAUUAUAUCAGUGUAUAUAACUACUUAAAAAAACUAAUAUAUAUAUAUAUAUAUAUAUAUCAAUAUAUAUAUUUAACGCAUAUAUUGCACACAUAGAGUUAUGUAGCGUCAUGUGUCAUCAAGGAUACCCAAUUACAUAGAGGAAUAUAUAUAUAUAUAUAUACAUAUAUACAAAAGCAAGUAAAUAUUUAUAUGGGUAACGAGAGAUCAGCAUUUGUAGCACAGGUUGGCCAAAUUUUUUGGGAAUCACGAGUAAAGUUGCCGAAGGAAAACCAAAUGAAAACUGUUUGUUGUGCUGUUAGCCGUAAAUGAGAACUUUUUUUUGAGGUAACUUAAUAACUAUACAUAAAUAUAUAUUACAGUAUAUGUAUCUAUAACUAUAUAAAGCAGGCGACAGCAACAAAAAAAAAACUUAAACCAGAUACCAGAAACUUGGCAAAAUACCGAAAAAAACACAAAACUAAACAAAAAAUACCAAAAAAA